ACGCGGAUCAUUUGAUCAAGGGAUUCUUUGCCAAGCCAGGAGUCACGAACCACAGGAUCUUUUUCUUUCCAUUUUCACAUGAUCUGUUAGUGCGAAAUGUUCCUCGGGAGUAAGAUGACCGUUAGGGAGCUGUCUGUUGUUGUCGCCAGUUUGAUGAUUCUAAACUGGGGAAGAGUUGAUGGCACUGACCCUGGCCUUGCGUUCAUAUCCUCUGUGCCAAUGUCAACAGCUACCACAACUGUCAUCGAUGCCGGACAGACAGUGACGUUCACCUGUCUGAAGUCACUUGCCACCGUCACCCCCACUAAUUGGAUAUUCAUCAAAGGCGCCUCCACUGAAGUGCAAGCUGAUUCAACCUCGUCCACCUUUGUGAUUACAAGUGCAGCAACCACUGAUGAUGGAGCCUACUCAUGCAAGGCCAAGCAUGCCACGGAUAUCUCCACUGCCAUUUCAAUAUCGCCCAUAACUCUCACAGUCACCGCUCUAUCUGCACCAACCUUGACCACUCACCCAACAACGACCUCCGACACUGUCAAACAGACUGAGGGCCAAAUAAUCACCUUCGUGUGUAAACAUGCCACAGGGAAUAAGGCGCCAGCAGAAUACAAGUUCUUCAUGGGAAGUGCUGCGGACUCCAUGACCGAGAUCACGACCGGACACAGUAACGGCAUCUAUGCUCUGAAAGUGAUGAAAGCGGAUCAUGACGAGAAGAAGAUCAAGUGUCAACAAUACAACGCCAACACUGCUACUGGCAAGAAGGACUCGGCGGUCCUCACACUGUCAGUGAGCGCAGCUUCAACCUGCAAACAGAGUAACGGAAACGCCCCGACCAUCAGUCUUUGUCUUCUUCUGGCCAUGGCAGUGGCGCCACUGUUCUCGUCCAGCCGAGACUAGGAACCAGAAACUGGAUUCGGAAUCCUAACCGUCCCUUUUGAUAGCACUGUUUUUUCUCUCUCAUAUGUAUUUUGAACUUUCUGUCAUACAGUAAUUUACUGACAGCAGCUUCUCCAACGACUGUUGCUGCAUAAAGCAGCUAUCGUAUUCUCAUAUCAUUCAUUUAUGACACUGGAACAUCACAUGUGAUGCCGACAUUAUACUUUAAACUUCAUCCAUUAAAGACCUAAACAUGCUCUUUUGCAUCUCGAACCAUUUCUGAAUUGAAGAAAUGCUCCCAUCGAUUGCCGGUGAGUCUGAGUUGUUGGAUUAACUGUCAUGACUGUAUACUGCAGUGACACCUUUUAAGAAGUGGAGGUAUUUUCAUGCUGUCCGUGUAUAAUGUUGAGAAAGGGAUGAACUCCACGGAUCGAGCUUUCGAAGGAAAAACACAUCUUGAGUUUGUAUGAAUUUGAAGUGUUCCCGUGGUGAUGAAAAUGCCCCCAAAUCUUAACUCACGUAGUGGCUAUGAAGCUGUAACUAGUAAGUGGUCUGUGCACUGAUAUUAAUCACCUAUGAAACUUUCAAAGGCGGUUUCCAUCCACCCUGUGGUUACAUGCCGGGGCUACUUGGACAGAGGAGCACCUUGAGGCUGAGCCAUGGACCUUUUCUCUCUUAGUACGAUCUGGCGGGAGAGGGGAAAAGGAAAAGCCUGUUCAAGGUUCCCCACUCGCCCCUCCAAGUCUAAUCUCCGUAUGUAACUUUUCAUUCUCUAAAACUUGUCGCAAAAACAUGAUUUUGACAAGGAACCAGUCACAACCAAGGCUGCACAUUCAAAAUGCUUCAAGUGAUGUGAUACUUUCACCACGACCGUCCUUUGUACCAACACAAUAUAUACAUGUGCUUUGCUUGUGGGGGGGGGGGGGGGUAUAAAGUCAGAGUUUUGGACCAAACUGUCCAGGAUUGUUUGCCAAAGUGCAAGUUAUUGAGGGUACUAUGUGACCAGCAUUUUAUGAACCGUCUUUUCAGACGGGGACGUCUUGAUGGCAACAUGUUUGGUGGCCCAGUACUCCCCGUUUGUCGCAUGUUGAAGAAGAUCUCAGAUUCGAACUGGGGUGACUCUCUCUCUCUUGGCGUGUAAUUGUUGAUGUAAGUAAAAGAUGAUAAUGCAAAA